GAACUAGCACUCGCGCAACGGAGGGGAGGGGGAGACGCAUUCUCACCGAGUACACACACGCAUUGGCUACAUCUACUGUAGACAAAUUCGUGUUUCACUGAUGUGUCUGUGUAUCCGCUGUAUAUCUGUUAAAACCAUUUCAUCAUAUGGCUGAGUUAUGUUUAGUAGAGAAAUGACAUACAGUUUCUUACACGGUAUUUUUUUCACGUAAUUUUGUCUUAUUUCCCCCCUGUUUGUUAUUUCGAGGCCGUUAUUUUGUCGUCCACCCCCCCUCUCUCUUUUUCUCUCCAUCUCCCUUUCCUCUCUUUGGGAGUGCGACGGUCUUCGAAUAAGCUUCUGAAAUAAUAAGCCGGCAGUAGCCCAACUAUCAUGUCCUCCUCAGUGACUGCUUCCUGUGAAUAAGAGGACCAGAGCGAGAGCGUCCAAUCACAAUCAAGAGCCUCCACCAGCACAUCUUUCCAGUGAGAAAGAGAUAGAGGCCAAAGAGAGAGAGAGAGAAAACGAGUGCAGGAAGGAGAGGGGGAGAGAGUGAGAACAGUCGAUGGAUGCUGUCCGGAUUGAGGGGACAGCGCAUUCUUCAUUAACGAGGAAAAGAAAGAUUUCAAAAUGGAGUCGAAGGAUAGAAACUCGGCGGCAGGGAUGGUUUGUGAGAAGGGGAUCCAGAUCCUCCUCACCACCGUGGGGGCCUUUGCAGCCUUCUGCCUGAUGACGGUUUCUAUAGGGACGGACUACUGGCUGUACUCCCGCGCCUCCAUCUGCAACAGCACCCGCAACCACUCAGACGACCCCCACAACAAGGACAAGAAGGACCCCGGAGCCCUCACCCACUCUGGCCUCUGGAGGAUCUGCUGCCUGGAAGGGGUGAAAAGGGGAGUGUGUUCUCAGAUCAACCACUUCCCUGAGGAUGCUGACUUUGACCAUGAUGGACCAGAGUAUGUUCUACGUAUGGUCAGGGCUUCCAACAUCUUCCCUAUCCUCAGUGCUAUCCUGCUGUUGAUGGGAGGGGUGUGUAUCGGUCUCAGUCGCUUCUAUAAGCACAAGAGGAACAUCGUCCUGGGAGCAGGCAUUCUCUUUGUGGCUGCAGGUCUGAGCAACAUCAUCGGUGUGAUCGUGUACAUCUCUGCAGCGUUGGGAGACAUCUCCCCUAAGAAGGACGAGGACAAGAAGUGGCAGUACAGCUACGGCUGGUCCUUCUACUUCGGAGGCCUGUCCUUCAUCAUGGCUGAGAUGGUGGGCGUUCUGGCCGUCAACAUCUACAUCGAAAAGAACAAGGAGCUUCGCUGCCGCUCGCGCACUGACAUCUUCAAGGGGACCACGCACGCCAUGCUCCGCCUACCCAGCUACCGCUUCCGCCGUCGCUCCCGCUCCUCAUCCCGCUCUACUGACCCCUCACGCUCCCGAGACCCCUCGCCGGUGGGGGGAGGCGGGGGGAAGAACUUUGGCCUGCCCCCCUCGGCCAUGCUCUCCCAGGGGCCCAUGUCUGUGGCCACGCUGCCCAACCCUCACUCUCGCUCCCACACCACCCUAGCGGGGGGUGACAUCUCCCUCUACACUCUGUCCCGCGACCCCAAGCUGGCUGGCCUGCCCCCCAUGUACGGCACCGUGGACCGCGCCACCCUCUACCAGCUCCACAACUGCUUCCCCAAGGACGGGGGAGGAGGGGGAGGAGGGGGUGUGAUGAUGAGCGGCACACUGCCCUCUCUGAAGUCCCACAACCCCUCGCUGUCCCAGAAUUCCUCCAACUCCAACGCACCCAUGGGCAACUCGGUGGGCUCGGGGCCCCCACCCUUCUCCUCGUCCACGGUGGAGAGAGAACGAGGGAUGGGAACGUUGGACAGGCUAAAGGGAGAUAGAGAGAGCAACUCCAAUACGCUCAACAGGAAGACAACACCCGUGUAGAGAGGAGGGGGGAGGGAACAGGGAAGGAAGAGAGAGAGAGAUAUAGAGAGGGGGAUUGGGAUAAAGGAGUAUUAAAGGGUAUUGAGAUAAAGGAAUGGAGAGGAGAGAGAGAAUCUUUUUCACUGUUAUAAUUAGUCUACAGUAUCUCACUGAGAAACAAAAGGAAACAAGUAAUAACAGAACGUGAUAAUUACAACAAUAAUGAACUUUCACAACAAAACUAUUUUACUAUUCCAACGCACUAGAAAUCAUUAAUUUUGUUAAUGAUCCAACGCGAUGAACCUUGGGCUACUAUUUUAAACAAUCCAUUUUCUUUAGUGCAAUACUAACUCUGAUUUAACAAGAUCAUAUUUGACAUCAAUUGUUGUUGUGAUUAUUAUUAGCGUUAUUACGAGCUAGCUCUGUUUGCAAUGCUAUCGUUUUAGAAUGAUGAUAUGAUUUGUAUAAUUUUACUCUGAUUUUGGAUCCUGACGACGUUUACUGUGAAUUUCUUAAACACAGACACGCUGGUAUGAUCAGUGGGCUGUGUAACUGUGUCAUUGGUGUCAAGCAUGAGUGUCUACAACGUAUGAGAAGACGAGUGUGUAUUAUGAUUUAUAUGAUUUCAUUAUUAUCUAAUAAUAAUAAUGAUAUAUAAUAUAUUAUUAUUACUAUUAUUACAAUUUGUUCUUUGGUGGAGUUCAGUUCAUUUAUUUUUACCUCUAUUUUGAUUUUCUACCCCUUGGUUCUAACACACAGUUAAGUUGUGUGAAUACUGUACAUUGUCUUCCAAUAUUGUAACUGAAGGCUACAAUAAGUGAGUGACUGAGGCAACUGAGCAACUUCAGUGUUAUUCUGAGUCUGUUUUCUAUGGGCCGAUGUUAGUCUGAGUUCCAUUCUAAUCAAUGUUAGCAGUAGUCGUAGCUGUAGUCGUGUUGAAGAUGUUUGUUUUCUGGGCAUUAACAGAAACCUCUGUCUUGAGGAGAAGAAGAGAAACUGAUAUAUUUGUACAGAGAAAACAGGUGAAACUUGUCACCUGGAGAAAAGAAGAGAAACAUUUAUUCAUUAUUUUCUACAAGCGAGAAACCCAAAAUUAUUCUUUAGAACAGACACAACAGACAUGCUAUCCAUCCAUUAUUAAAAUGAAAUUGACAAUGAAAAAUGUCAAUGAAAUAAAUGUGUGGACGGAGGUGGGGGGUUAAAAUACACUACAGAGAACUUUUGAAAUGAAACAUGUACAUUGUAAUUAACGCAUACCUAUAUUUGCAAACUCUAUAAAUACUUUCUUUAGGACCUCUGGUAUGAAAACAGGGUGUGUAUUUUGGGAAGGGGAGGGUGAUGUGUUUUUGAUCCUCUGUAUGGGUACAGGCUAACCCCCAGUUCUCAUGGGGUGCGCUGCCUCUCCCCACCCUGCCCUGCCCUGCCCCACCCUCGCUUGGCCCCGCCCUGCCCGUUUUGGGCAUGUCUUCUCCUCUGUCACAUGACCCAUGACAGAAUCACUAUGGAGACGAACAUCCAAACCCCACCCCCAAAGAAAAAACUCUCACUGUGCUUCCCACGUGACCCUUGAACCUUGAACUUUGACCCCUUCCGUUUAUGUUGAUGAGAAUGUAUACACGUGUAAACAGUCUCCUGCACCUCAUUUAUUGUGUGAUGGCAGAACUGGGAUGGACACUAUUGGACACCCCGCUACAUUACAGACUGGGGAAAGGAAAUGAAAACACCUGACGCUUCCACAUUCUUUUGGAUUUUACUUUCUUCUUUUUAUUUCAUUUGAGAGAAAAAAUAAUAAUGUGACGACAAAACUGCACACAGAUAGCAUUUAUGUGGGCAAUAUGAAUACUAUGUAGUUGAGAAUUAGAUAUAUCUAGACAAAAUGAUUAUGGUUUAUCUAAAUGUGUGAUAAACUCAAACACUGUAUUGCACGAAGUUUAUAAAAAAAAAAAACAAUAACAGACCGAUUUACAGACUGAGGAUUUUUUUCUUUAAAGGAGUGACAGCAUGAGAUGAUCAAGGGAUGGCGAGAGAGAGAGAUGGAGGGAAUGACAGAGAGAGAAAGAAUAGAAAAAGUGAGAGUUGGCGGGAAUGACAGACAGAGAGAGAGAGAGAGAGACUUGACACAACUUUAGACCAAAGGUAUGAAAACAU